CCGCACGUUUUUUUUGCUCAUAUUUGUAUAUUUUUUAUUUCACUAAAUAAUGGUUUUGGCCAGUGUGAUUCAGCAGCUGGAAUUUUUCGUUCUUGCAGAGCUGCAGGUUUGUUCGAUCAAAAGCAUCGAGGCUGGGAAAGGAUUAAUGAGCUUCCCUACAUGCUGCCUUAGCUCCGCACACCAUUUAUAUAACCGCAUUAUACAAUAAAAGGAUCGCUAUUAAAAGCAAAAGCGGUGACACAAGGAGUCUUGUUUCUGCACAUGUUAUUCUUCCUGCACAGAUCUUCAUCUGCCUCUGCUGGCUGAGUUGGCUCUGCUUUCCUUUAUCCUCCUCUGUCUCCUCCUCCUCCUUUUAGUCAAAGCAGAGCCCAAGGAACAGAGCACUGACACUGCCUGCUUUAAGACUCGCCCCAUUGUUGCGUAGUUUGCAAAAAAAAAAAAAAAAAAAAAAAACACCACUAUCUGUCUUUCUACUUGCUUCGACCCAGUGUGAUUGAAGCAAUCAAGAAGAGGGUUUAACUCUUAAUUGUGCAGCACGUCUGUUGGGAAUCAUGGUUCUGCAGAGAGUGAUCCGCGCUGUCAUCAUGGGACCUCCAGGAUCGGGGAAGGGAACCGUGUCAGCUCGCAUUACCAAAAGUUUUGGACUGCAGCACAUGUCUAGUGGGGACAUUUUAAGAGCCAACAUCAAGGAAAAAACAGAGCUCGGCCUGUUAAUGAAGUCCUGCAUCGAUCAGGGACAGCUGGUACCUGAUGACAUCAUGUCCCGUCUCAUCCUGAACGACCUGAGGAAGAUAGACAACAAUGGCUGGCUGCUUGAUGGGUUUCCUCGGACUGUGUCCCAGGCGGAGGCUCUUGAUCAUGCCUACUCUAUAGAUACAGUCAUCAACUUGAAUGUACCUUUCCAGACCAUCAAAGAAAGGCUGACCUCCCGUUGGACCCACAUCCCAAGUGGCAGAGUCUAUAAUACUGAUUUCAAUCCACCUAAAGUUCCUGGUUUGGAUGAUGUGACUGGAGAGCCUUUGGUCCAGAGAGAUGAUGACAGACCAGAGACGGUCACAAGGAGACUAAAAUCCUAUGAAAACCAAACAGAGCCCGUCCUAGAGUACUACAGGAGUAAAGGUGUGCUGGAGACCUUUACGGGGACAGAAACCAACAAGAUAUGGCCACACGUUGAAGCUUUCCUCCACAGAAAGUUCUCUGCCCUCAGUCAAAGAGCUGCCUAACCGCCGAAGUACAAAGAUUACCUGAAGGCUACUAACGAAAAACCGUCCAAUCAAGUCGCAGAAUGUAUAUAAUUGAAUAUGGAUAAUUUGUGUUUAAUGAAGGUAAAGCCUUUAAAUUUGUAAAUGAAGAUUUAUCUAUUUUACUAAAUACUAAGUAAGACUACUACCUACAUUAGUCUUUUUUAUAUCUAAUCUUUGAACUGUGUCGGUGAAACAAUUUAGGGGAAAUUCGGAUGAGUGUCUGCAAAACCUCUAGCAUGAUGCUGUUACUAUGUCCACUUUGUGCCUUUAUAAAUCCAGAAGAUAAUGACUGAAUUAAACAUGAAGUUUUGCAACAGUACAUCAGGGAUUUAGUUUGCACAAGAUGCUGCAGGAAGAAGGCGGGAGCUGUUUUGGUAUGUCCUGGUGACCAUGACCAGGUUAAGCUCCUCUAAAUGUAAUCCCAUUACAUACAAACUGCCAUUAGCUAAACAUCCACAGAGGACUUUAAAAGAAAAGAUAAAUCCUUGAUAAGAAGCAACUAUUUUGUAGUGUUACAAUAAGAGUGCAUAUCUGAUUCUUCUAGUUCUAGUUCCUUUAGAUGGAUCAAAUUGUUUGGUUUUAGUGUAGUUUAUGCCUUUGCCGCACUUCAUUGGCAGUCUGAAAAAAGGUACAUUUUGUUCCGAUAAUCAUGGACCAGUUUAAAUCAUUUCUAUAUUAACAUUAAUGCAUAUCGUAAAUUUAAAAAAGGUAUAACAUCUUAUUUUAACCAUGUCAAGUCUUACUAAUGAUGCCUCUUUAACACUCCAUUCCUUUGAAUUUCAUUGCCAUUCCUAGUUGCAACUACAUUAUUUCUUGUAAGCAAUUGUUGGCAUUUAUCUUGACUGACCAGAUGGCUGAAAAACACACAAACACAUACGUUGACACAAUACAGGGUUAAAUGUUGUUGGAAGGUAUUAGCUUGCAGUUUUUUGCACAUUGCUCUGAAUGUUUGCCCUGUUAAAAAGCCUUAAUAACGCAGUGCACUGUAUGUGAUCGUUCUACUUUCCUAAACACUUCCAUGCAUUGUAAAAAUGCAAAACAAAAACGAUCUUUUCACUUGGAUAUUUAUGAAUCGCAAUAAACUUGUUGUACUAUA